CGCGAUUCAAUGACGUCAUGUCACCCACCCGUUUGCCGAUGACGACACGCGGGCUCCUGCCUGCCUGCCCAACUCAACCCCAUCCCGUGUGGUUCGUGAUCCCCCGGCUGAGGGCGAUCGGGAACUUUGUUUUUAUUUUCUUUUGGGGGGGUUGGCCGACGUUUCGGCCAUGGCCAGGGACAGCUCGCACAAGAUGAAGCUCUCCAAGAACCUGCUGCGCAUGAAGUUCAUGCAACGAGGUCUGGACGAGGAGGAGAGGAAGAGGUUGGAUGAGGAGGAGCAGAGGCUGAUGACGGACGAGCACUGGUACUUGGACCUACCGGACCUGCAGAGAGCCGAGGUGGUGGUGGUUGAAGAGGCGAGUGUUGCUGUGUGCGAGGGAGUUGAGUUUGGACGUCGCUCGUUCCGUGGCUUCAACCCCGAGGUGGAGAAGCUGUGCUCGCUGCUGGAGCUGAGCAGGAGAGGGGGGGGGCAGGGGGGGGAGCGGGGGGGGGAGCGGAGGGGGGGCGACGAGGGCAAGGACGUGAGCGACGAGGAGAUGGCGCGCAGGUUCGAGUCGGUGGUGGGCACGGUACAGAGGAAGUUCGCUACCAAGCGGCGUUGUUCAGCCCUCGGCUCGGGGGGGGCAGGGGGCAGGGGGCAGUCCCCGGGGGGGGGGCAAGGGGGGCCCCCCCCUACAAAGCGGCUGCCCCCCACGGCCACCUUCCUGCAGCCCGCCGACGACGGCUGAGCCGCUCACCACUCACCACUCACCAUCACCGCUCACCACCCACCGCUCACCACUCACCACUCACCCACCACUCACCA